AUGCAGGCGCGCUACUCCGUCUCCAGUCCUAACUCUCUGGGCGUCGUGCCUUACAUUAGCAGUGACCAGAGCUACUACCGGGCCGCGGCCGGUGGAGGAUACACCGGGAUGCCUGCUCCCAUGAGUAUGUACUCUCACGCGGCCCAAGACCAGUACCAGGCCAGCAUGGCGCGUGCAUACGGACCGUACACGCCGCAGCACCAGCCCAAGGACAUGGUCAAACCUCCAUACAGCUACAUCGCCCUCAUCACCAUGGCGAUACAGAACUCACCAGACAAGAAGGUGACACUGAAUGGGAUUUAUCAAUUUAUCAUGGAAAGAUUCCCGUUCUACCGAGACAACAAGCAGGGCUGGCAGAACAGCAUCCGGCACAACCUGUCCCUCAACGAGUGCUUCGUCAAAGUGGCCCGGGACGAUAAGAAGCCCGGUAAAGGCAGCUACUGGACUCUGGAUCCGGACUCCUAUAACAUGUUCGAGAACGGCAGCUUUCUGAGGCGUCGCAGACGGUUCAAGAAGAGUAAUGUUCAGAAGGACAAGGAUGACAGGCAAGGAAAGGACUCGUCAAGGAGAGGAGCCCCUGGCCUGGAGAAUGAGCAGCCCGUGCAGGGCUCCCAGCUCGUGCGCAUCCAGGAUAUAAAGACGGAGAACGGGACCUCUACUCCUCCACAGGCCGAGUCCCCAGGCAUACCUGUGCCCAAGAUAGAGAGUCCUAGCAGCAGCAGUAGUAUGUCCACCGGCAGCCCUCACAGUGUGCCCUCUGCCCGGUCCCUCUCCAUGGAGGGCCCCGAGCAUCACCACCACGUUCAGGCCUCGGCACAGGGCUUCAGUGUGGACAACAUCAUGACCUCGCUCCGGGGGUCGCCCGAGGGCACAACGGAGCUCACAUCUCCUCUUAUCGCAUCCUCUAGGACAGGUAUAACCCCCUCUCUAUCGCUUAACUAUUCCCCCAACCAGACGUCUGCUUACAACUCACCAAACUGCAACCAGAACUCCAUCUCCACGAACUCUAACACGACGUACCAUUGCAACAUGCAAGCCAUGAGCUUGUACGCCGGAGACCGAGGAGGCCACCUCGCGCCCUCCACCACCGUGGAAGAGACUCUGUCCGAUUACUCUAUCACAGCGACGACCACAUCCCCGCUCGGGCAUGGAAACCUUAGCAUGGGACAGGACGGUGGUCACCAACGCGCACCAGGGUCGGCUCGCGUCCUGGUACGGGGACCUGGGACACCUGGGCACGAGCUACCCGGCACAGCAACAGAACUUCCACUCGGUGCGAGAGAUGUUCGAGUCUCAACGGAUCGGUUUGAAUAGCUCUCCGGUUAACGGGAAUAAUAGCUGUCAGAUGGCUUUCCCCUCUGGUCAAUCCAUCUACCGUACUUCCGGAGCUUUCGUUUACGACUGCAGCAAGUUUUAA